AUGGAGUCGUUUAACAGUGAUACGGAGCCAUGGGUAGACUUCGAAGAUAUGGUGUUCGAUUGGGAUCGGAACGAGAAAUAUCGAAGAGCCAUCGAAAUUGUUGUAGCCAAAGCCCAAAAAGAACAGCAAGAGGCUCGUGUCGUUGAUAUUGGUAUGGUUUUUACUUGAUCUUUGUAAUUUUUAGGUAAUAUGCUUCUGAAUUAGUGUUUAGAUCUUAUUUUAGAUCUAACACUUGUAUGUAAAUUUGUUUUGAUAUUAAACAGGGAGGUUACGUUAAUUUUCUUUGAUUUUAGGAUCAGGAUCAGGUUUACUAUCAUUUUAUGCUGCAUCAGCAGGAGCUUCAAGUGUCUUGGCAGUUGAAGCAGACCCGAAGAUAUUCAGAACAAGCAUUGAGAUAGCUAAAAGGAACGAGAUUGAAGAUAAAAUUGAGUUUGUCAACAAUCAUUCGACAAAUGUCAGUAAGUAUUUUAUUUUUUGGUGGUUUUCAUGUUUAGGUACGAAGUUUCAAAUUAGUAAAAAAUAUGAGAAUAGAAAGUAAUGUCUUAGCUCUCGGAAAAGUGAGCUAAUUAGUUCUGGUUAUAACUGCUCUUGAGAUAUCAUUAGAUGAUUAGUAAUUUAGGUUUCUUUUGUGACUUAACCUAGAGGAUCUACAGCUCAAGACAAUGUUUAUGUAUUAAGAGGUUGGGAUCUAUUCUUUAAAUUCUAAAAUAUUAUUUUAGCCGUGGAGGAAAAGUCAAACGUACUGGUGUCAGAGAUGGUCGACUCUGAACUUAUUGGUGAGAACCUGAUUCCAACUUACCGGCAUGCUGUACAAAACUUGUUAGUGCCAAACCCUUAUGCAGUACCAGCCAAAGCCAACGUGUAUAUAGUGCCAGUUCAGAGCCAUUUCCUGAGGGAAUGCUCUCGAAUGCCAGAUAUUCUGCGACGAAAGUGUAACGGUACUCUACGAGGAAUAGAUGGACAAUGGGCCGAGUUAUCAGAUGAUAUGAUUUGGGGAUGCGACAAAGUAUUGGUCAAGUCUUUUGAUCUUGUCAGUUUGGAUUCGUUGUCAGCGUCAUUUGGAACGAUAGUCGAGAUGGAGAUAACGAACGAUCGGAUCAGGCAGGUCGAUGGAGUUUUAUUCUUCUGGGAGUUGGAUAUGACUGGCGAUGGGUCGAUUAUUAUCAGCACGGAGCCGGGUAAUUCAGCGGUGAGUAUCAGGGCUUAUUUUUAGUGCUAUUUGGUAAUUUAGGGAUGAUUAUUAAAGCUCCUAUUAAGUUAUUUAGAAUCUUAUGAAGAAUUUUAUGUACAGCAUGGUUACGUUUGCUGGCAUUUUAUUUUUAUGGCAUUUUUUAAGUUAAAACAAGAUAAUGGCAUAUUGUUUUAGUGGAGAAAUCACUGGUUGCCAAUGAUGUUCGCCUUCCCUAGAUCAUAUCCAGUAAAACUGAAUCAAAUGGUUAAAAUUGGUAGUUAUCACGACACAGUAUCAUUCUGGUUCAGAUUCGUCGAUAAUGAAGAUAUCGUAUACGAGAAUAAACGAACAGAAUGCGAUUGUAAUUGGCAUUCAAGUGCACCAGCUUCCUCGUUCUACAGGUUUAACCAAUACGAACAUCUGGACUUUACUGAAUGGGCUUCUAGGGUAAGAUAUUAUAUGUUAUCGUGGUUUAGGGGGUUUUUGAGAGCAAUUUGAUAACUUUUUGUUACAUUAUCUUUAAUUUGACUCAUUACUACAUUUUAGAUUUGCAAAGACUAUACUAAUCAAAUUACUUUAGAUUUGCAAAGACAGGAACGCCCUAAUCCUCGGCAGUCACUCCAUCCUAACAGCCUUCAUCUUACACUCGGUGAACAGUGUGGCUCAAGUGGAUUCAGAUCACAGAUUCAGGAGCAAAUUCCUUCGAACAGUCGAGAGGACGAACCCUGACAGAUUGACAAUCGACGAGUUGAUUUGUGAUGUUGAGAUGGAAGGCCUUGAGUUGGUAAUGUUCGACUUGAACUCGGCGCCAACGAACUCUCCGUUUGAAUUUGUGGAAGACUUUUGGAGGAUCAGAGAACUUUACCCAAGGCUAAAGGCUUAUCCAAAGGUGGGUUUUAAGGGGUUUUUUGAUUUUUCUUUAUUGGAAUGUUAAAAGCCAAGAAAUUAUUCAAUGCAUUACGUUACCUUUAUCUUUCAGAACAUGUUCUUCCAAGCCACCCAAGUCAAACUCGGCGAGCUCGUCAAACGACGUGCCAUGUACACAAAAGUCGACGAAUUCGACUACACUGACUUUGCACACCUCGCCAGCCCCUUCCCCACGAUCUACGACUAUCAACUGGAACUCUUACCCAUGUGGGAGUACGAAAGCCACAUCCUCAAAACCACCACAAUAUUCUCGAUGGACGAACAGAAUCACAAGCCCGAGAUCAGAAUGAAAUUCGAAACUGAAACCGACGCCGUCAUCUUCUGGUGGUCCACGAGCAAAAAGCAUGACAUGUCGGGCAAUUUCGAUGCUGAAGGACGGUGGAGGCGGGGCACACAACAGUGGAUCUACUUUAGAAGAGGUGAUAAUGCCAAGAAUCUCAACUUCUUCUUUGAUUUCCGUGGAUGGUCGUUCAAGAUCGAGGAAUGCAUUUACUGA